GCUGAGGGGCAGACUGGUGUCCUGUGUGAAACAGGGUGCAGCUGUCGAGCUUUUCAGGCUUGAGUAGAUCUUACUAGAAACGUGGCUUGCUGUUUAAACAUCCUCUGUCAGCUCCAGGGGAAAUGAGAUGCAUGAGGGGCUUUGUGGUCAGUCUUCAGGUGUCUCUGUGACUUCUGAUGCUGCUUUUCAAUCCAGACCAAUCUUAUGGCAAUUUGCUUCAUUUUUAAUAUGGAGGCAAGGCAGCUGAGAGGGUUUGCAGUCAAUCUCUAGUCAGCUUCCUGAGCUGGAGGUUGCAUAGGAUCAUUCUCUAUAAUUACCUGUGGAUGUAUGUGUGAACUUGACUGAUCUUUCUUUGAACUGAGUGGUGCAUUUGACCUUUUGAGCUCCCUUGAUACUCUGCGCCAUAACAGGAGUUACUACUUCACACAAGAGUUACCUCUUUGAAAUCCAUCAUUACUGGGUGACCUAUGGGUCUCCUGUGCAGGGGGAGCACUGGUUAUUUCCUGGCCACCUUGCUGUAGGAGUAGUUGGUUUGUAGUUCGUUUUCCAUAGCUCUGAUUACAUCUCAACUGAGAAAACCCAAUACAUUGAGAUAGGGAGGAGACAGAAGGAAAGCUUCUCAGCUUCAGCUGCUUCCACUGCUGGGGAACUGAAGUUAAUCUGUUCUGAGUCAGCAAACUCUGCCUUGACCUAUGCACACAGAUGGAAACUAAUUAUUUAGCCCUUGGUAUGCUAAAUAACUGAGUAGGAGUCAAGGCAGCUUAGACAUAAUGGGAUUUUUAAAAAGUAACUUCAGUUUGUUCAGAUAUGGAUGACCUGAAGUAAUAAUGUUGCCUACAGUUCCCAUUUUAAGUCUUCCUCAUUCCUGCUCCCUGGAUAUUACUUGGAGCAGGUCACCCUCAGAUCUCUAAUCUCAGUUCUAAAAGGCAAUCAGCGUUACCCUGUUUAAUGACUUCAUUCUGCUCUGGAUCCUUCAGGAAUUGCCUCUAGUCCAGUUCCUGAGGUAAGCAGCAUGUUGGGAGGCAGGUUGCACGGCUGCAGCCUCCUCCAGGAGGAAUUGCCUUAGUUCAGGCUCAGCUCUGGUAGCCACAGACGUGACCUUCCUCCAGUGUGAGCAGCAUGGACAAGGGUAAAGUUGCCAUGUGCUUCAGACACCAGCUGAAUGUUGUGAACAGCAAUGGCUCUGGCUCUCUUCACUCGCACCACAGAGAACAAGCUGCACAGACCUGGCUGAAGCAUUUGGCUCAGAGGAAGCCCAGGACGACAGUGGCUGAAGGAGGAGAGCAGCCUGGGGCCUGCUCUGCGGAGAGACUUUCUGCACCAGAAAUAACCAUCACAGUCAUGACUUUCUCCUCAAAGGAACUCCAGCAGCUUAGCAAGCAAUACAGCAAUGUCAAGCUCCUUCAACUGGAUGUGGUCUGUGAAAACAGCAUCAAGAAAGUAGUCAAGGAAGUGGAAGAAAUCGUGGGAGACAAAGGUCUGAACUGCCUCAUUAACAAUGCUGGCAUCAACGUGCUUGCUUCCUUGGAAGAAGUUACAGCAGAGACAAUGCUCACCAUUUAUGAAACCAAUACAGUUGCCCAGCUGAUGGUCACCAAGGCAUUUCUACCCCUUCUGAGGAAGGCAGCCCAGCUGAGCACAGGAAUGGGCUGCCAUAGAGCUGCUAUUAUCAAUAUGUCCUCUCUUGCUGCCUCCAUGCAACUUGUCCAGGCAAACGAGAUGUUCCUCAAGGUCUACCCUUACAGGAUAGCAAAGACUGCACUGAACAUGAUCACCAGGUGUCUUGCUGCAGACUUGAAGUCAGAUGGAAUUCUCUGCAUUUCCUUGCAUCCUGGCUGGCUUCAGACAGACAUGGGUGGAAACAUGGCUCCCAUGCAGGUGCAAGAGGCUAUCCCAGGUAUUCUCUCCGUUUUGGACCGUCUUGGUGAAAAAGAAAAUGGUUCCUUCCUGGACUGGCAAGGGGAAACUCUGCCCUGGUAGAAGUGCACAGUAUGCUACAGAAACAGCAUGUCGGUCACUAUUUAACUUGUGCCACUGAUGUUUGUGUCUCUAGGGUUUUUCUUAGAUGCUUGUUGAAGUAGCCAGUCUGAUAUUCAGCCUCUCUCUAGGUGUAUUUGGAAAGUGAGGUGGCUGACUCUCUUACUUGGUAUUGUUACUGCUCUGUUCUAAUGCUUCCUGCAAACACUACUGUGCUCUCAGUGAUGGCUAUCUCUUGGAACCAUCUAAAUUAGAUGAAAAACUGCAAGUUAAAUCCAGGGGCUGGUUCCUCUUCACUUCCAAAACCAAGGUGGGCCUCUCGUUCUCUGCAGAAGUCAAUGACCUGACCUCAGAGUAAGGCAGGUGCAGGCUGUCAGAUUCCAGUACAUUCAGUCUGCUGGAGACAUGUCUCUGGGGAAGGACCUUCAGUUACCUUCACUCCUAACCGAGCCAAGGCUGAAUUUGUCCAGGUCUAAACUAUGUGUAUUUGGUACUUUUGUAAGUUCUUCAGCAACCUGAGUGUCCCCAGGAUGACAGCACACACCAGGCACUUGCUUUGUUCCCAGUGACUAACAUCCUGAUAUGGGGGUGGGAAUGUUGUUUUGUACAUAAACUUCUAAAGUGUCUUCAAUAAAGUCUGGUUUAAACAAA